AUGCCAACGAAGCGAAACAAGGAGCAAAAUGCGGGCGAUGUGGCGGGCACGCUUACUGUGUCAGCCCAGCAGAGCCGCUUUCACACAGAGAUGGACGAGGACAGCAAUUUGAAGGAGAUCGUGGUGAAAGACUUGAACAUCUCCAUUGGCAACCGAGAGCUACUCUCACAUGCCAAUUUCCAGCUUCAACGAGGACGACAUUAUGUCCUCCACGGCCGCAAUGGCAUUGGCAAAUCGACCUUGCUUCGCGCUAUCGCCACAGAUCAAAUCUCAAGCAUACCGAGAGGCGUCAAAGUCUUGCUACUCGGCCAGACGGAAUCGACUCUCGAGGAAGAUAUGGACGCUAUACAGCUGGAGGACUUGACCGUGCUUCAGUAUGUCGUCCGCAGCGAUGCGACGCGGGAGCGGCUGCUCCAUAAAUCGAGACUGCUUUCAGCUGCGUUGGACAUGGAAGACCCGACCGCUGCGGUUCGUGCGUAUCGACGCGUCGCUCAUGAGCGGCUUGAAAAGCGACUUGCCGAUGUUAAGCAGAUUGCGAAGCGUCGCAGUGGUGCGAGAGGAAAGGAAGCGAGUAAGGUGCAAUUGCGCCUUGAGGGCGAAGUUGAUGCAUCUGCAGCGAGGUUGACGGAACCUCUGAGUGUCGAUGAGAUCAGUGAUGAGACGCAAAAGUCGGCUGAGAUGUUGAGUGAAGUGCAGACGUCUCUCGAGCUUAUGGACGCGAGUGGCGCUGAAGCAAAGGCGCGAUCAGUAUUGCUCGGUCUCGGAUUCUCCAAGGAGAGUAUCGAUCAACCACGGUCACAACUUUCAGGCGGCUGGCGGACGAGAUGUAGUCUCGCCUGUGCGCUCUGUCAAUUGGCUGAUUUACUUCUGCUGGACGAGCCUACAAACUUCCUGGACCUUCCAUCAAUCAUAUGGCUCGAACGAUACAUCCAAAGCAUGGACGACUCCACCACAGUCCUGGUCGUCAGCCACGACCGCGCCUUUGGCGACGAAGUAGCGGAUGAGCUCCUGGUCCUCCGCGAGCAGCAGCUGGAGCGAUUCAGAGGCAACCUCUCAGCUUACGAGACUGAUCGUCUAAAGCAGUACAAGUAUCUCUCCCGCAUGAAAGAUGCCUUGGACAUCAAGAAGAAACACAUCCAAUCGAGCAUCGAUAGUAAUAUGCAAGCCGUCAAACGAGCUGGCGAUGACAAGAAACUCAAGCAAGCCGCUUCACGUAAGAAGAAGCUCGAAGACCGCAUGGGAAUGGAGCUCUCUGCAAAGGGCGGGAGGUUCAAGCUCAACAGAGAUCUAGCAGGUUACCACGACAGCAACAGAGCUGAAAUUGAGCUACCAAAGUUCGAUCCACCCGCUACCAUGACAAUCCCAACGCAACCGCCAGAUCUGCGCUUCCCAGGUAGUCUGGUCUCCUUCGAAAACGUCUCCUUCAAGUACGGAAACAGGCCAAUCCUGACGGACAUCAACCUCACCAUCCACCCCGGCGACCGUAUCGGCCUAGCAGGCCUCAACGGCUCAGGAAAAUCUACCCUCGUCUCCCUCGCAAUAGGCACUACCCCAGCCUCCUCCUCCGACAACCCCAUCACCCCAACAUCAGGCACAAUCCACCACCACACCCGCGCCCGCACAUCCCUCUACUCCCAACAAUCCCCCUCAGACCUCUCCCACACCGCCACCUCCAACCCCACCCUCACAGCCCUUUCCCACCUCCUCCAACACGCAGGCCCCGACCUGACGGAACAACCCGCCCGCGCCCUCCUGUCCGGCGUAGGUCUCUCAGGCAAGGUAGCGUCUGACAUCCCCAUCUCGCUCCUAUCCGGCGGCCAGAGGGUCCGUCUCGCUUUAGCGAGAUUGUUCAUCAACCCGCCCCAUCUUUUGAUUCUGGAUGAAGUCACGACGCAUCUUGAUACGGAUACGAUCCAGGCGCUCAUAUCCGCUCUAAGAAAUUACGAAGGUGCUAUUCUAGUUGUGACGCACGAUCGGGUUUUUAUGAAGACGGUGGUGGAGGGGAUGAGUUUGAGGGCUCUUGCGGGGAGUUCGAGGGAUGGGGAUGGGGAUGAGGAAGAGGGAAGUGAGAGUGAGCGGGUGAGGAGGAGGGUUGUGUUUAGGUUGAGUAAGGGGAGGUUGGUACAGUUGGAGAGGGGAAUGGAGCAGUAUGAGGAGGUUGCGGAGAGGAGUGCUGGGAGGAUGGGGAAGGGGCGAGAGUUAGUCUUUGGAAGCCCGAGCUGA